AUGGACCGUGGCGCAUUCUGUCGCUUCAUGUUGGAUGCUCGUGACUUCUUGAACGAGGCUCAAUCAGCCGCCGUUCCCAUGCACGUGGAGGAAGACCUAUUACGAGGCAUUGUAGCCGCAGGCGUCUUCUCCAGCGGUGGGGACGAUCAUGAUAUCGCUUUCCGUUUUGCUCACUGCUUUGCCUUUUCGGCAUUCUUCGACAUCCAUAGACUCUUUUCGGCCACGCCUGAUGUCUUCGAAUUUCUGGAUCAGGAAGUAAAGAUCUUAUCGAUGGACUUCAACACGGCUUACGACGUACGUCAAGACUUCGAAGCCCUGUUUUACCAGCAAGAAGAUAAACAGGCCAGAAGUUAA